UGUGUGUGUGUGGGGCAAAGGUGUGACCGCACAUUGUGGACUGCAUCAGACAAGGAAGACUGAGAUUUAAAGGACUUUUUUUUUUCUCUUUUCACACCACUGCAGGAUUUAAGUUCCAUGACUGAGAGACAAUCUGAGACAAAAUGAUACGCUUCUUGUUGCUGUUUAGCAAGCAGGGAAAGCUGCGCCUGCAGAAAUGGUUCACGCCUCUGACGGACCGGGAGAAGAAGAAGAUUAUCAGGGACAUGAUGGCGAUUGUGUUGGCCCGUCUACCACGUUCAUGCAACUUCCUCCAAUGGAGGGACCUCAAGAUUGUCUACAAAAGAUAUGCCAGCCUGUAUUUCUGUGCUGGUCUGGAAGAACAAGAUAAUGAGCUGCUGAGCCUGGAAGUUCUACACAGAUAUGUCGAGCUGCUGGAUAAAUACUUUGGCAACGUAUGUGAGCUGGACAUUAUUUUCAACUUUGAAAAGGCCUACUUCAUCCUGGACGAGUUCCUGAUGGGAGGAGAAGUGUUAGAAACCUCCAGAGUGGCUGUGGGUGUCUCAAUGGGGGAGGCCGACACGCUUCAGGAGCAGACAAUGGAGGAAUACAUGAGCAGACCUGCUUACUGAGGCCGGAGAAGAGGGAAGUCUCCCAGGACAUGAACCAAAACGGGCCUCACGGUACCAUCAACUAUAUUACUGAUGUGAAUCAGUGGGGCCCGCUUGAGUCGAUGUCGACAUACAUGCUCGACCCGUAUCGGCGACAUACAAUGUGUUUGAAAAAAAAGGUACUUACUGUUCAGUGUAAAUUAAGCUUCAAAAUAAAAGCAUGCCAGUCAACCUGGAUUGCACCACAGCAACUAACAAAAGGCACCAAAUAUUUUCUUUUUGGUAUGUUAAAGGAUUGUUUGAAAGGAUGGGCAACAUGGUCAAAGCGAGUUAUGUAGACAACCGCUUAUGUCGAUUUGAAUGAGUUUCAUUGUGUUCACCACAGAUCGAUUCUUCAAGUGGGACACUUUACAAUGUACACUUGCAUAUUGUAACUAGAUGAGGCAAUUCCUGAAGGAAUUGCGUGUGAAUUCUGCUCCAAUGCUGAAGUUGAACUGAAAUCCUGGAAUUUUUUUUAGAAUUGUUGAAGUAUGAGAAUCAGCACCUCCAAGUCCGAGUCCAUGGUUCUCGCCCGGAAAAGGGUGGAGUGCCAUCUCCGGGUUGGGGAGGAGAUCUUGCCCCAAGUGGAGGAGUUCAAGUACCUCGGAGUCUUGUUCACGAGUGAGGGAAGAGUGGAUCGUGAGAUCGACAGGCGGAUCGGUGCGGCGUCUUCAGUAAUACGGACGCUGUAUCGAUCCGUUGUGGUGAAGAAGGAGCUGAGCCGGAAGGCAAAGCUCUCAAUUUACCAGUCGAUCUACGUUCCCAUCCUCACCUAUGGUCAUGAGCUUUGGGUUAUGACCGAAAGGACAAGAUCACGGGUAC